UGCGGGAAAUGCCUCUCAAGAAUCUCAUAGCCACCCCGUUCUAACACGUGACCUCAACUUUCACCUGCUUGCUAAAGCUUUCUUUUUCUUUUUCGUUUUUUCCCCAUAAAUAGUGGUCUCUUAUGCUUCAGUUCGUCAUUCAUCAUUCUCUUAUCUUCAUCAUCUUACACACAGUUAUACGUACAGUAAAGCCAAAAGAAACCUGCGGAGAGAGUGUAAUUUCUGCUUUCAGCAAAUCUAGGUCCAUCACCUUAUGGAGUCGUCCACUCUAAUCAGUGACACGGAGCCAUGGAAGAAUUGGAAGGCCCAUGUUGAGGAUAUUAAUAAGGUUCAUUUACGUCAACUAAUGGGCGAUGUUGAACGGUGCAAGUCAAUGAUGGUUGAGUAUGAUGGGAUACUGUUCGACUACUCACGACAGCAUGCCACUCUGGACACCAUGGACAAGCUCUUUAAACUGGCGGAGGCAGCAUGUCUCAAACAAAAAAUUAUCAGAAUGUUCAAUGGGGAGCGUAUAAACAUCACAGAAAAUAGGUCUGUGCUUCAUGUUGCUCUUCGUGCUCCAAAAGAUGCAGUUCUACAUUGUGAUGGAAAGAAUGUGGUCCCAGAUGUUUGGCAAGUCCUAGACAAGAUCCAGGAGUUCUCUGAGAGGGUUCGCAGUGGUUCCUGGGUGGGAGCAACAGGAAAACCAUUGAAGGAUGUUGUUGCUAUCGGUAUUGGUGGCAGCUUCUUAGGUCCUCUAUUUGUGCAUACCGCCCUUCAAACAGAUCCAGAGGCUGCUGAAUUUGCAAGAGGGCGCCAACUUCGUUUUCUUGCAAAUGUUGAUCCGAUUGACGCUGCUAGAACUAUCACAGGCUUGAAUCCUGAAACUACUCUAGUUGUGGUGGUUUCAAAAACUUUUACAACGGCUGAAACUAUGUUGAAUGCUCGGACUCUGAGGGAAUGGAUCUCAUCUGCUUUGGGGCCUCAAGCAGUUGCAAAGCAUAUGGUUGCUGUCAGUACUAAUCUUACGCUUGUAAAACAAUUUGGCAUUGAUCCUAAUAAUGCUUUUGCAUUCUGGGACUGGGUGGGAGGCCGAUAUAGUGUUUGCAGUGCUGUUGGAGUGCUACCUCUCUCUCUCCAAUAUGGUUUCUCAGUUGUUGAGAAGUUCUUGAAGGGAGCUUCAAGCAUUGAUCGACAUUUCUAUUCAGCACCUUUUGAGGAAAAUAUACCUGUGCUUUUGGGUUUGUUGAGCGUAUGGAAUGUUUCAUUUCUUGGAUAUCCAGCAAGAGCCAUUUUACCUUAUUCCCAAGCGCUGGAGAAGUUUGCCCCACAUAUUCAACAGGUUAGCAUGGAGAGUAAUGGGAAAGGGGUGUCAAUUGACGGUGUGCUUCUUCCCUUUGAGGCUGGUGAAAUUGAUUUUGGUGAACCAGGAACAAAUGGACAGCACAGCUUUUACCAAUUAAUUCACCAGGGCCGUGUUAUUCCUUGUGAUUUUAUUGGCGUUGUGAAGAGUCAGCGACCUAUAUACCUGAAAGGUGAAGUGGUUAGUAAUCAUGAUGAGCUCAUGUCAAACUUUUUUGCACAGCCUGAUGCCCUUGCUUAUGGGAAGAGCCCUGAAGAAUUGCAAAAUGAGAAUGUUCCCCAGCAUCUUAUUCCUCACAAGACUUUCUCUGGAAAUCGGCCUUCUUUCAGCCUUCUACUUCCAUCAUUAAAUGCUUAUAAUAUUGGACAGUUGCUGGCAAUCUAUGAACACAGAAUUGCUGUGGAAGGCUUCAUAUGGAGAAUUAAUUCUUUCGAUCAGUGGGGAGUUGAGUUAGGAAAGUCGUUGGCUUCCCAAGUCAGAAAGCAGCUUAAUGCUUCUCGUACGAAAGGAGAACCAGUUCAGGGCUUCAAUUACAGUACUACAACAAUGUUAACAAGAUAUUUCGAGGCGUCUGUGGAUAUACCCCCUUUGGAUGCUUCUACUCUUUUACCACACCUGUAAUUGCCUUUCGUUGAGAGAACUGCUGAAUUCAUGGUUAAGGCCUCAUGUAUCAGCUUCAAAGAAUGGACCGGCUUCAUGCAACUUGUUUAGUUCUGUAAUCUUAUGCCUCAAAACACAACACGGUGUCUACGAUCCGUGUUUUGUUGCACAUUGAACUCAUUUACCUGGAAUUUUUUUCGUACUGCAGAAGUUUUUGCUAUACCGAGUUAUUGUACAAUUUUCCCAAGUAGUCCAUAUAUUUAAGCACUGUGUCAUUGUAUCUAGAGUAAAAUUAUAUAGACCCUUUUUAUGGGUUUUUCCUA